AUGCAAACUCACCACAACGACACGCUUCGUAAAGACGUUCCGGGUAUUGUCUUUUACCUCAAGACGUUCAACGGCACAACUGCGCUCCCGGAGAAUAUCUUUGCCCACAACGGCGUCAUCGUCUCGACCUUUCUCGCCGUCUACGUCUCGAUCAAUACCGGCAAGACGCUGUUUGCGCCCGUCGAGGCCGACCCGUCGAUCCGCUUCCCGUACUACGCCGGCGACUACCGAAAGAUGGUCUACACCAACACGACGUUCUUCAACAGCAAGCGCGCGCUCUAUGGCUACGAGAUGUAGUGUGCGUCGAAUGUGAUUGUAAAUCAAAUGUAAAAUAUGUACCAAUGUCCAUCCAAGACCAGACACAAACCUCCGUCGAC